GGGCGCGGAGCGCGGCUGUGCGGGAGACAAUAGCGGAGCGGGCGGCUCCGCGCCGGGCCGGGCCGGGGAUGGGCGGCCAGGGCUGCGCGGCCCCGCGGCCCCCGCGCCGCCCGAGCGGGCUGUAGCGGGGCGGGGGGCGGAGGGAGAAGGGGGGCGAUGCCCCGCGCCGAGCCCAGCCCGCCGCUGUGCUGAGCCGGCGGGGCUGGCCGGAGGCUGGAGAGAGGGACAUGGUGCUGGAGCCCCCCGUGACGCUCCCCGGGUGGCCAAGGGGCGGCUGGUGAGGAGCUGGAGCGCGGCGGAGAAGCGAGGCCACGGUGAGGGAGCCCCGAGGAUCCGGCUGGGGAGCCAUGGGGAGAUGCAACGGGCGAUGCACGCUGGUGGGAUUCUGCUGCCUGCAGCUGGUCGCGGCGCUGGAGCGGCAGAUCUUUGAUUUCCUGGGAUACCAGUGGGCCCCCAUCCUGGCCAAUUUCUUACACAUCAUGGCCGUGAUUUUGGGCAUUUUUGGGACGAUCCAGUACAGAUCCAGAUACCUCAUGAUGUACGCCGUGUGGUUGGUGCUGUGGGUCGGCUGGAACGCCUUCAUCAUCUGCUUCUACCUGGAGGUCGGGCGCUUGUCACAGGACCGAGACUUCAUCAUGACCUUCAAUACCUCACUGCACCGCUCGUGGUGGAUGGAGAACGGCCCGGGCUGCCUGGUGACGCCGGUGCUCAACUCCAACCUGGCUCCCGAGGACCACCACGUCAUCACGGUCAGCGGCUGCCUGCUCGACUACCAGUACAUCGAGGUGGUGAGCAGCGCCACGCAGAUCUUCCUGGCGCUCUUCGGCUUCGUCUACGCCUGCUACGUCAGCAAAGUGUUCCUGGAGGAGGAGGACAGCUUUGAUUUUAUCGGCGGCUUUGACUCCUACGGGUACCAGGCACCACAGAAGACGUCGCACCUGCAGCUACAGCCGCUCUACACCUCGGGAUAAGCGGGAGCCAGCGGCGCCAGGACCCCGCGGAGCCGCCCCGGUGUCACCGCUGUGUCCCCUCCUGCCUCCUGCACCCGGAGUGGCCCCGGACCAGCGCCGGGAGCUGCUCGUGCGCCCCCAGGGAGGCUGGAGCCCAAAGCACGCCGGACACAGGGGCUGUGCCACCCCCGGCUCCUCGCCGUGGGGACACGGGGACACCGCGGCGGUGGCAGCGCUCACAGGACACCGUUGGCUUCUGUUUCUGCCAGCCUGGCUUUUCCUUGGAGCCCGCAGUGGGACGGGCUGGGACAGGGGACACCGCUUUGGGGACACUGAGAGCAGCGCUGGCCUCCGGGGGUUGGGACAGUUUCCUGAAGCUCUGAUCUGGGGGUCAGACUGGCUCCAAAAACGGGGAUUUGGCUCCCGGCAGGAAUUCUCCAGCCCCCCACGCCUGGAUGAAGCAGCGUCAAAGGGGCUCGGUCUGGGGUGUUCCCAGGAGCUGGAUCCGACCAUCAGCAUCACCUCCACCCUGGAAUUUGGGGAGAUGGGGGGACACACAGGACCCCGAAAUCCCGCUGCACCCCCCUCCCUCCCACACUUUGGGGGCCUUGCUCCGACUUGGGAACAGCAAUUGCGGCACAGCCCCAUCCCGGCUGCUCGAACGGAUCUGAUGAAUGUUUUGGGUUGCUUUCAGAUUUUUUUCAAUCAUUUCUUUAGGUUUUUAUUUAAUUUAAAGUGCCUGAGUCGACUCUGGCGGAGCCGGGCACCCCCAAGGCUGACACCGUGCCUUCAGCACCCCCCAGGGCUCCCCAAAACCUCGCCCAGGGCUGGGGGGCUCCUCCCCUGGUCCCUGCAUCCAUGGGGGGCUCGGUGCCAAAUCCAUCCGUCAGCUCCAGCGGCACAGGGACAUCGGCACGAGGGGAAGGGGUUUGUUUGGGGGUGUGAGGUGGGUCGGGCAGGGAUUGCUUUGCAGAAGGAAGAUCAGCAGGGAAGAAAAAGCCUUGGAAGAAACUGGAAGGGGAAAAAAGGAAUUUCCUGAAGUGUUCCGGCUCCCUGCAACCUCCUCGGUGUCCUCUGUGUGGGACGUGGCUCCUCCAGGAACCCUGGAUCCGGCCUGAAGCCCACCCUGCACCCCUGGGAGCUGGGGGUUUCCAAUGGAUUUCACCUCCCAGGUGUUUCUCCUCCACAGGGGAAUUUUUCACACCCUGGAAUGGAGUUUUGGCCCUUCCCAGCAGGGAGCUGUGGAAGUGCCCCCACCCAGAGCUGGGACGGGCUCAGCCCCCCACAGCCCCCACAGCCCCCUGCCACCUCCAGCCAAGCUGCCAACUCCACAGGCAAUAAUUUUUUCCACCCUUUCCCUCUCUUUUUUUCCAAGGAAAUUUGUGGUAUUUUGCAGGCAGUGAUCCCUCUCACCCCACAGAACAUAUCCCCAUCCCCAGGCCUCGGGGCCAGCAGCAUCUCUGGGGUUUCUUUUCCUCUCCAGGACCAAGGAUGCUCUGCUGACCUGGAAUGGGAUGGAUGGACAGGCAGACACUCCCCUGCUCCCAACCCUUCCCAAACCCAGCAGGAAGAGCUCACUGGCAUUGGAGCUCUUGGGAAGAGCCUCCCUCCCCUGGGCUCCACAGGAGCCGGGCAUGGCGCUCCAGGACCUUGGGUGUUUCUGUUCCGUUGGCUUGGUUUUCUAUGAGCCUGUCUUUGUAACGUGAACCGAGGAUUUCUUUUCUAUUCUGUAAUUAUAAAAGUCAAAGGAAAGUUUCAGCUGGUGCUGUUCUGCUUCGGGGCACAUCCCUUACCUGGGCAGUUCAGGUGAUUAAAGGUGGGGUGGUUUUUUAUUUUUAUUUUUUUAAAUUUUCCUCUUUUCCCCUUCCUUAACACUGCCACCUCCCUCCUCAGGGCUCUGAAUCCCCCAGAUUUCCCCAUUUUAUAUCAUGGAAUGGGUUGGGUUGGAAGGGACCUUAAAUCCCACCCAGUGCCAUCCCUGCCAUGGCAUGGACCCCUCCCCCUGUCCCA